AUGAUCGCUUUCAAGCUCUUGACGUCUGUGACAUUCUUCGCAUUGCUCCAAUGCCUAGCAAGUGCCUUCCCCAUUCCCGUAUCUUCCUCUCUGCGUCGUGGGGCUCCUGCCAAAGGGGGUUCCUGGGCCUUCAACAGUCCAAUUCCCAACGAUUCACCUUCUCUUCACAGUCCGCCAAUUCCCAAUGGACCACUGCCACCACAUGGGAAAAGCCGGAGCGAAGGCAUCGUGUAUCUGCCAGCACCGCCCAAGGGCGUACCCAGACGCAAAGGGGGCUAUUCUGGACCAGGUGGACACGGACGAAGAAAUCUUGACAGUAUGCGAGAGGUGCUGCACAGCAUUCGUAGCCAGCUGAUUGUCAGAGGCCCCGCAUGGGAAGGCGAGCGUCCUGGUAAUGGCAAUCUGCCACCGGUCACUCUUCCACCUUUCCCGAAACCGGCUCCUGUACCACAUGUCCCAGGGAACUGGAGCGGGACUGCGCCACAACAGGGCAACAUUCCUGCACCAGUGAAGAGUAAGGGCGUUCCCCGACGUAAGGGAGGCUAUUUUGGACCAGGGGGACAUGGACGCCGAAGUCUUGAGGCCUUGUCAGAACUAUUGCACGAUGCUCCUAGCCGUCUCCUCGCCCGAGCAGCACAAGGGUCUUGGGCCUACACGAAUCCUCCCAAAAACGGGGAUUUGCCGCCCAUCAACCUGCCUCCAAUGCCUCGUCCAUCGCCUCCAGGACAAGGAGGAGGCAACUACAGCGGACCGGGACCUCAUGAAGGAGUGACGACUAUUCCGGUACCAGUCAAAGGUAUCCCAAGACGCAAAGGAGGCUAUAAUGCACCUGGAGGACAUGGGCGCUGA